AUGGACCCUUCCGACAGCUUCUCAACUUGGGCGGCUUUUCUCAUUCUCGAGGCGCGCACCCAUUCGCGCUUACAGCACAUCUUGUUUCGCCUUUGGCCGCCGUCUGGCGACCUCGCUAUCGACCAAGCAAUAAGCCGCUAUGCGCUCCUGCGGAAGCUUAUUGGGCCCCUGUUCAUUGAGGUAUGCCAUGGCCUCCGGAGCCUCCGGGUGCUGUCUGUCACGCUGCCGCGCUCCGCAGCAUCUCAGACCAGUUGGGAUACGUCGGAUUGGUGGGCACAGGAGAUACACAAGCGGCUAGAAAUGCCAGCCCUUUCGGUGAUGGUUGAGAGCAGCACAGAACACGAUCCUCUGUGGAGGCUCGUAUGGAUCGAUGCGGACAACGACUCAAGCGAUGCAGACGAUUUCGAUAGAUUCCGGUGUCUGACUUACCCUUCGCCGGGAGACUGGCGGGAUGAGCUCGAGGUCGAGGUCGUGGAACCGGUCGUUCUAAAGUUGCGGAAGUUCUGGCUCCCAUCUAUCCCUUGGGUGAAACUUCAAGGUCGGACAUGCUACGGCUCAGAAGAUGCAUAUAUGAGCGCGAGGGGGGUCUCUACAGAGCAUAAAAGAAUCGGAAUCCCUAUCGCCCGCCCACAGGACGCAUGA